CCACAGGUCGGGUCAAACACCUGAUAAAAACAAGUGUGCAGCCCUGGCCACAGACUCACAAACUGAACAGCCCACGCUGCCGGUGGGACUGUGCUCGCGACUGUCAUUGUCAUGCAUUGAAACACCUUUUAUAGUCACACAUUAAUGACGGCGAGCAGCAGCUAUACGGCCGCCUGCCAAGACAGAAGCAACACGAAAAACAAGCACUGCGCUGAAGCAGUUUGACAGGAGUCAAUUAUCUGCACACCUCUCCCUAGCAAAGACUUAUGGCUGCCGAAGAUAAGAAAUAGAGAAGCGUCGUGUGCUCUGUCUGGCUUGACGUUUUAUUCUCUGUAAAGUUUGAUCCUUCUGAGGAAACUGGCCUGGUAAACGUCGCGUCAUUUGUUUUAAAAUGUGUUUUAUUGCAACAACUCAGCAAACACCAUGGGAAUUACAACCCGCUUCCGCAUAUUCCAAAGACGUCACGCAAAGACCUCUUCACGCGGCGAAAUAAAAGCUUCCCUAAACACGACUGAGCUUUUCUUGAAACACAAGUGAUCGAAAUUUGCUGGUGAGACUUUUUUUAAUGUACGCUGAACUGUGCUUCUGUGGAAACUACUUGCAAGCGCAAAACUAGCCUGUAAUGUAGUUUCCGAAGUCGGAGUUUUUUUUGGAAGACGCACUUUGCCUUGCACUGCUAAGGACAUCGGGGAAACAAGUCUGCAGAAAAUCUGGACAGGGACAGAUUUAAAAAAUAAAAUAAAAAAGGGAUUACACAUUUAAAAUAUUCGUGCAUGACUUGCAAUUUGGAAAGCAUGGUAAUCCAGCAGAAACCAGGACACAAAUAAAACAUUUUAAUUAAUCAGCUUUGAGGUACAGUAUUUUGCAUUGUCUCUUAUCAAGUGACAAUCGGCAUCAACAACACUAUUGUGAGUGUGAUACCCGGGACAAAAGUGUUUAUACGAGGUGCACAGCUAUGUACCUGCAAGGUAAAUAACUAGAACACGCACUAAAGUGCAAGACAGAAAGUUCUGUUGACAUAAAAGAUACGAAAAAAAAAAAACCUUUCUUAAGAUCUGCGAUGGAGGCAAGCGCCUCUCAGUCUGCCGUGGAGUCUGGCGGCGAUCAUGCCUCCACUGCCGGGGCUGGGGCUUUGGAACGAUCUGAAAUCAACAGCCCUUUCCCCCAGCCCAAACAGAGGUCCCUCCGAGUCGUGUACGUCCUCAACGACGGCUUGAAAGCCGUGGCGGCCAACAGUCCCGAAUCCGGAGCCCUCCAGUGCCUGCAGCGGGCGUGCGAUGCAGAAAGUGCCAUCCUUGCCACGGUCACUUUCGGCACGUUAGACUUCGGGGAGACGUCUGUGCUUGACACAUUUUACGAUGCAGACAUUGCUGUGGUGGACAUGAGCGAUGUUUUCCGACAGCCUUCGCUCUUCUAUCACCUGGGGGUCCGAGAGAGCUUCGACAUGGCGAAUAACGUCAUCCUGUAUCACGACACCGACCCAGACACUGCCCAGUCCCUGAAGGACAUGGUUUCCCAAAAAAACACAAGCACCAUAGGCCGCCCCUGGAUCCAGUUGCCUCCUGAGUACCACAGUUGUUUAAGAGUGAGAGCGUCCAGCGGGAACUACUGCUUUAUUCCAUACAUCAUGACCCCCAACAACGAGUACAUGUGCUGUGAGAACGAUGCGCAGAGGAGGGCCUCGGAGUACAUGCAACCUAACUGGGACAACCUGCUGGGACCCCUGUGCCUGCCCCUGGUGGACCGCUUCAUCAGCCUCAUCAAGGACAUCCACGUGACCUCGUGCGCUUCCUACAAGGACACUCUACUGAAUGACAUCCGCAAAGCCAGGGACAAGUAUCAAGGAGAGGAGCUGGCGAAGGAGCUGACCCGUAUUAAACUGCGCAUUGACAACACCGAGAUGCUGACCCAGGAUAUUGUCAUGAACCUGCUCUUUUCAUACAGGGAUAUUCAGGACUAUGAUGCGAUGGUGAAGCUGGUCGAGACCCUGGAAAUGCUGCCUACCUGUGACCUGGCCAACCAGCACAUGAUUCAGUUUCACUACGCCUUCGCCCUCAACAGGAGGAACAGCCCUGGAGACAGGGAGAAAGCUCUGAGAGUGAUGCUCCAGGUCCUGCAGUCCUGUGAUCACCCUGCCCCUGACAUGUUCUGCCUGUGUGGCCGGAUAUACAAGGACAUAUUCCUGGACUCGGACUGCAAAGACACAAAGAACCGCGAGAACGCCAUUCAGUGGUAUCGUAAAGGAUUUGAUCUCCAGCCAACCUUGUAUUCAGGCAUCAACCUGGCAGUUCUGCUCAUUGUUUCCGGUCAGCAGUUCGAAAGCUCAAUGGAGCUGAGGAAGAUAGGUGUCCGUCUGAACAGCCUGCUGGGGAGGAAGGGCAGCUUGGAGAAAAUGAACAAUUACUGGGAUGUGGGUCAGUUCUUCACCGUCGGCAUGCUGGCUAGUGACAUCCCCAAGGCCGUGCAGGCUGCAGAGAAACUCUUCAAACUAAAACCCCCUGUCUGGUACCUACGGUCUGUGGUGCAGAAUCUGCAGCUUAUCCAGCGCUUCAAGAAGCAGAACCUGGAGCACUCGCCCCAGCGGGAGCGCCUCAACUUCUGGAUGGACAUCAUAGUGGAGGCCACCAAAGAGACCACCAACGGACUGCGCUUCCCAGUUUUAAUUCUUGAGCCGACAAAGAUAUACCAGCCAUCCUACGUCUCAAUCAACAGUGAAGCGGAUGAGAAGAAUGUCUCUAUAUGGCACGUCUCUCCGGCGGAAACGAAAGGCAUCCACGAAUGGAAUUUCACUGCCACGUCAAUCAAAGGAAUCAGCAUAUCGAAGUUUGACGAGCGCUGCUGUUUCUUGUACGUUCACGACAACUCUGAUGACUUCCAGAUCUACUUUUCUACAGAGUGUCAGUGCGGCAGGUUUUGUUCCAUGGUGAAGGAGGUUAUUUCGGAUGGGUCUGGCAAUGCUGUGGAGCUGGAGGGAGAAGCUGAUGGAGACACGCUAGAGUAUGAGUACGACUACAAUGAGAAUGGAGACCGGGUGGUGCUGGGCAGAGGAACGUACGGAGUGGUCUACGCUGGAAGGGACCUCAGCAAUCAAGUCCGUAUCGCAAUCAAGGAGAUUCCAGAGCGGGAUAGCAGGUACUCCCAACCCCUUCACGAGGAGAUUGCUCUGCACAAGUACCUGAAGCACCGCAACAUUGUGCAGUACCUGGGCUCUGUCUCUGAGGACGGCUACAUCAAGAUCUUCAUGGAGCAAGUGCCUGGAGGAAGUCUUUCUGCUCUGCUGAGGUCGAAGUGGGGUCCAUUGAAGGAGUCCACGAUAAUAUUUUACACACGACAGAUCUUGGAAGGGCUCCGGUACCUUCAUGAAAACCAGAUUGUGCACCGAGACAUUAAGGGAGACAACGUCCUAGUGAACACCUACAGCGGAGUGCUGAAGAUCUCAGACUUCGGGACCUCCAAGAGGCUUGCAGGAGUAAACCCGUGCACUGAGACAUUCACAGGUACGUUGCAGUACAUGGCACCAGAGAUCAUUGACAAGGGCCCUCGUGGUUACGGGGCCCCAGCUGAUAUCUGGUCCCUGGGCUGCACCAUCAUAGAGAUGGCAACUGGGAAACCUCCUUUCCACGAGCUGGGAGAACCCCAAGCCGCCAUGUUUAAGGUCGGGAUGUUUAAAAUCCACCCUGAGAUCCCGGAGUCCCUUUCAACUGAAGCCAAGUCCUUCAUCUUGCGCUGUUUUGAGCCGGACCCUAACAAACGAGCCCUCGCGGCAGACCUGCUCAAGGACUCUUUCGUGAGGCACGGCGUCAAGGGGAAGAAGAAUAAAAUCGCACUCAAGCCCUCCGUGUGGCAAGAUUACAUUCGGAGCGUGUCGCUGCCCAUUCAGAUGCAGGGAGAGAGUGCCGGCAGCAGCAGCAGUGAGCACGGCUCGGUCUCGCCCGACUCCGACGCCAAGCAAGACGUCUUCUUUGAGAAGAAGCAGCGAUCCAGCUCUGAGAACCUCAUCAAACCACCCAUUUCCAACUUUCUCAGUGUCCCGGAUGAGAACUCGGCGUCGGAGGACCGCAGUGCCCCUCCCUCCCCGGAGGACAGGGACUCGGGGCUGUUCCUGCUGAGGAAGGACAGCGAGCGCAGGGCUAUUCUCUACAAGGUCCUGAACGAAGACCAGGAUAAAGUCAGCGCUUACCUCAUGGAGAAUCACAUACAGGGCACGGAGGAGCUGAAGCUGUCAGUCGAUCACAUCAAGCAGAUCAUCUGUAUCUUGCGGGACUUCAUCCGCUCCCCUGAGCGCAGGGUGAUGGCCUCCACGAUAUCCAAGCUCAAGCUGGACCUGGACUUCGACAGCACUUCCAUAAACCAGAUUCAGCUGGUGCUGUUUGGAUUCCAGGACUCGGUGAACAAGGUUCUGAGGAACCAUCACAUCAAGCCUCACUGGAUGUUUGCUAUGGAUAACAUCAUCCGCAGGGCAGUCCAGGCUGCGGUCACCAUACUGAUUCCAGAGCUGCAGACGCACUUCGGGCCGGCCUCGGAGAGCGAGGGGGCUGAUAAAGACGCAGAUGAGGUGGCGGAGGACCCUGAGUUCCGCGGGGAGGGGGAGGAGUUGGUGCCCGAGGACCCGGCGCUCACCUCGGGGGUCAGCACCCUCAGUUCCGUCAUGUCCGAGACCCCCAGACCCCCGCAGCACCCCCUCAGCAUGCAGCUUGGGAGGCUCAAACAGGAGACCCACAGGUUACUGGAAGACUUGGUGCAGAAAGAGAAGGAAUACCAGCAGCUCCUGCGACAGACUAUCCAGCAGAGGUGUCAGGACCUGGAGCUCAUCAAGAUAAAAUCCAAACACGCAGAUGUCCCGCCCCCUUCAAUAUUUCACAUACCCGCCGACGAGGAAGUCGACAGAGAGCUCACUGAUUGGUUGAAAGAACAAGGAGCGGACUCCCAGACAAUAGAACGGUUUGUUGCAGAGGAUUACACACUAAAUGAUGUUCUCAAUGAUAUCAGCAAAGAGGAUUUGAGAUUACUAAGAAUCCGGGGUGGUGCGCUGUGCAGGAUAUGGAAGGCUGUGCAGAGGUACAGGAUCAAGGACAGAAGAAAGCAAGAGGAAGCCGUGGAGAAGAUGGAAAACUGAAACAGACCUGCACUGGCGUGUGCAAAGAAAGACCAAGACCAAAGACCGCAAGUGCUCCAAACCAUUUAAAUAUGCCUUUUUAUCUGUCCAUUUGUCACAUUUCACGCGUGUGUAAAAGCAAAGAACGAGACCUUCUGUGAAGUGGGCUAAUUGGUUCUCUAUGUACAGUUUUUAUUUUUGUGUAUUAUUUUUUUUCUACCGCUUCACUUGUUUUCUUUGGAGUCCACUCAGUAAAUAUACCUUAAAAUGCACUGGCAGCUGGAUUAUGAUUAAAAACUACAUUCAACUGCAAUCCAUUUGAAUGUCUAUAUAUAGAAUGGCCCAUUUAUAUUUAAUGACAACUUCCUACUGUACUAUUUGUCACGAUCAUGAAAUACAAAACUAUUUGCAAAGGCAAAUAAUGUCUAAACCUUGAUGAUUUAAAAAUUAUUUCACAAUAAGUAAAAACAAAAAGAUUUUAGAAUGUAUAUAUGUUAUUAUAUACGUGGUACAGUCAUCUAAAAUGUCUAAGUACGAGAUUAAAAUGUUGAAUUAGGAUUUGUGAUACUGUUUGAUAUUGCUUAUUUAAUGUAUAUUAUGAAAAAUAUAUAAUACAGGGUGUUGUGUUAUACAAGCUGAAGCAUGUCAUUCAUUCUGACCAUAUAUUAUAUAUAAUUGAAAGCAUGCACACGUACCAGCGCUAAAGAUUGUUUCACAACUUACUUCAUAGUAGGGAUGCCUUGUUCUGGGAAAACGUGUCAAAUAGAUACCUUCCAGCAGCAAAACCACUGAAAGGAAGAAGACGGCAUCACCCAUUAAUAAAAUCCAUAUCCGGGUCAAACGAAAGUGUUCAAACAUGUAAAGAAAAAGGGGGAUUGUUUCAACAUGAUCAUGUAAGAAUAACACUUGCUUUAAUUGAUACACACUGGAUUUUAUUAAUGGGUAAUGCCUUCCUUUCUGUGGUUUUCAUUAAGCAAUCAAGCAAAGGAGUACUCUAUAAACAUUUCACUAAAAAAGCAAUUUCUACAGUACAAACAUUUCAGGUUUGCUACUGAAACACAUGAAUUCCAUUCCCGUAGAUGUUUGUAGCCCCACCCAAAAAAAGACAUAUUGACACUACAUAAAAAAAGGUAAAAACUACAUUGGCAUGGUCUGUUUUAAUAAGCCUCAUAUUUUUCUAGUCACUAUCUGAACAGCAUAGUGUAGCCAAUAGUAUGGCACACCUUUCCUUCUAGAUGCAUUCAAUACAUAUGUGGAGGACUUUAAAUAUGAUCUGAUCUAGAGGUAAUGCACAUGCUGCAAUGCCACCUAGUGUUUGCUGAUAGUCUGUAGUAAAAUGUACCAUAUCCUUGCACUAUUUCACCCUGACCACAUUUGAAGUUAAAGCAGCAUGAAAAGUACACACUGCUUAUUAAGUGUGUUCACAAUUUCUUUUUGGUGGAGUUAUCAAUGACCCCCCCCCC